AUGCUUCGACGUAUCGCACAAAAGAACGUGUCCAGAGUAGCGGGUCCUUCUCACGCCAGACUCCUCUCUACUACUGUACCACGACAAGCCGACAUCACACUCACAAUCGAUGGAAAGGAAGUAAGCGUACCACAGGGUACUGCUUUAAUUCAAGCUUGUGAGAAAGCUGGAGCUGCUGUUCCCCGAUUCUGUUACCAUGAUCGACUAGCGAUCGCUGGUAACUGUCGAAUGUGUUUAGUGGAGGUUGAGAGAUCACCAAAACCCGUAGCAUCAUGUGCUAUGCCUGCUAUGCCUGGAUCUAAAGUUUUCACCAAUACUCCAUUAGUUCACAAAGCACGAGAAGGAGUAAUGGAAUUCUUACUUGCCAACCAUCCUCUCGAUUGUCCCAUCUGUGAUCAAGGUGGAGAAUGUGAUUUACAAGAUCAAUCAAUGAGAUAUGGAUCAGAUCGAACAAGGUUUCACGAAAUAACAGGUAAAAGAGCUGUUGAAAAUAAGGAUUUGGGACCGAUCGUCAAGACAUCAAUGAACAGAUGUAUUCAAUGUACAAGAUGUGUUAGAUUCGCCAAUGAUGUUGCCGGUGUAGAAGACUUAGGAACCACAGGAAGAGGAAACGAUUUACAAAUUGGAAUGUACAUUGAAAAGACAAUGGAUUCCGAGAUGUCUGGAAAUAUCAUCGAUCUUUGUCCAGUUGGAGCAUUAACCUCAAAGCCAUAUGCAUUCCAAGCAAGACCAUGGGAAUUGAAGAAAACUGAAUCCGUCGAUGUAUUGGAUGCUGUAGGAAGUAACAUCAGAGUAGAUUCAAGGGGUGUUCAAGUUAUGAGAGUACAACCUAAAAUCAAUGAUGAAAUCAACGAAGAGUGGAUUUCAGAUAAAACAAGAUAUGCUUAUGAUGGUCUCAAAUAUCAGCGAUUGACAACUCCUCUCGUUAGAGAAGGUAGUAAAUUCGUACCUGCUUCAUGGGAAACCGCGAUGGAGACAAUCAGACAUGGAUACCUCAACUCAGGUGCUAGAGGAGAUGAGAUUAAAGCUGUUGCAGGUGCUUUAGCAGAUACAGAAACAUUGGUAGCUUUGAAAGAUUUAGUGAAUAGGCUUGGAUCUGAAAAUACAACUCUUGAUUCAAAACUUGGUGACCUCCCUCCAGCUCAAUCUGUCGACAUUCGAUCAAAUUACCUUUUCAACACCGGUAUUGAAAACGUUGAAGAAGCCGAUGCUAUCUUAUUGAUUGGUACAAAUCCAAGACAUGAAGCAGCAACUAUCAAUUCUAGAUUCAGAAAACAAUUCCUUCACAAAGGAACGGAAUUCGCUGUUAUCGGAGAGAAAUUCGAUUCAACUUUCGAAUACGAUCACGUUGGUACUUCAGCUAAAGAUGUUGAAGCCUUCUUGACCGGAAAAGCAGAUAAAGGUUUCGCUAAGAUAUUCAAGAACGCCAAGAAACCUUUAGUCGUCGUCGGAUCUGCCGUAACGGAAACUAAAGAUGGUGCAGCUGUACUUAAAGCUGUAAGCAAGUACGUAUCGGAUAACGCCGGAAAGUUCUUAACACCUGAAUGGACCGGUUUCUCCGUACUUCAACGUGCCGCGUCUCGAGCUGCUGCCUAUGACAUUGGUUUCACCCCAUCCACCUCAGCUUCAUCAGCCAAACCUAAAUUCGUAUUCCUCCUCAACGCCGAUGACGUCGAUCCUUCAUCCAUUCCCGAAGAUGCCUUUGUAGUCUAUCAAGGACAUCACGGUGAUCACGGUGCUCAAUUCGCAGAUGUCUGUUUGCCUGCCGCUGCAUACACCGAGAAAUCAGCUACUUGGAUCAACACUGAAGGUAGAUCUCAAUUAGGUCGAACGGCCGUUCCACCUCCAGGAGCAUCAAGAGAAGAUUGGAAGAUCAUUCGAGCAUUAUCAGAAGUCAUCGGUAACCCAUUACCAUAUGAUGAUCCAUUGACACUUCGACAAAGAAUGUUCGACAUUUCACCAACAUUAGUUCGAUAUGAUGCUAUCGAAAAACCUUCUCCAGAAAUCACAAAAGUCGGUUUACAAUCAUUGUCAUCAGCCAAAUCAUCUUCAUCUUCAGCUUCAACAACACCUUUCAAGAAGCCAAUAAGUGAUUUCUAUAGAACAGACCCAAUCUCAAGAGCUUCAGUCACAAUGGCAGAUUGUUCAAAAGCUUUCACCAAAAAACAAUAUACAAUUGAAACUGUUGAUGAUCGAACUGCUCAAGCUAGUUACGCAUAA